AUGGACACAGCGGACAGCAUGGCGCUGCAAACUUUACUCGAAGGCCCAGCUUUGAAACCUCCCCUAGGCAUGACAUCGAAUUUUAUCCAUCCGCCAAAUUUCAUGAAAGCAAUGCUGAUAGUGGAAUUGAUAUUUUUUCUGCUUCCAACGGUGGCCGUCUCAAUCCGUCUAUACACAAAAACUCGAAUUAUUCGGAAGGUUACGUUGGAUGAUUGUAUGUUCCCAUGACACCUCACUUGACAUUCAUUCUUUAUGAAAGACUAAUUAAUCCACCACAGACUUCUGCUUCUUAGCUUUUGUAGGGAACAUUUAUGCUUCUAAUUACUUGAUCGAUUGACUGAUGUAGCAGUUACUAUUCCUAGGCGUUCUAGUAGCUGCUAGAUUAGGGGAUCAAGCAGCAGGUGCUAGACACCAAUGGGACGUAAGGAUCAAAGACCUUCGAACAUUUCUCUACGUGCGUAUUUCCAUACCAAAAACACCCGAGCUCGCUAAUCCAAUCAAGGACUUUCGCAUAGGUGCCAUACUAUAUAGCCUGGUAGUACUUGCUAUCAAAACCUCCAUCCUCCUACAAUUCAUCACAAUCUUCUCCACGGCUAAGAGGGGGAAAUUCUUCUGGGCCUGUCAUGCACUGAUUUGGUUGAACUUGGUCUUUUAUGGCAGCGGCUUCUUUCUUGAGAUCUUCUCGUGCCAGCCGAUUAGGAAAGCGUGGGAUCCGCUCGUGGAAAAUGGAACUUGUAUUGAUAUGGGAUCAGUCUUGGUCGCAUCCGCUGCUGUAAAUGUCGCUUCUGACUUUAUCAUCGUUCUCCUGCCACAACCUAUUAUUUGGAGACUCCACUUGGAUAAUCGGAAGAAGUUGGAAAUCUCAGCAGUUUUCAGCGCUGCAAUUCUGUAUGUGGUAUUGAGAUCACCUCAUUGCGAAACCUGAAAUGCUAAUCUGAUGAGAAAUCAGGGCAUGCGUCUCAGCAGCAAUAGGUUUAUACUACCGCGUACUCCUAGCAGAAUCAGCUGAUACCACUUGGUACAUUAGCAUGAUGACAACAUACACUUUCCCUGAGUUGGGCCUUGCUAUUGUUGCCGGCUGCCUACCAUCAAUUCCAAAGUUCUUGAAAACAAUAAAAAAUAUCAACGUUUCCUCUCAGAUUGCUACCAGCCUUCGAGGGCAAGCAUCAAGUCGAAACAAUCGUGAGGAGGCUGAGGAUAGAAUUUCAAUGGUCAGAACAGGGAGCAACCAGAAGGCGCUGCUUGACAGCUUCGACGGGCGUGUUGUGUAG